AUGGAGUCUUCCUCCCUGAGAGACACCCAAACAAUUCUCAGCGAAAUAGAGCGCAUGCCAGAAGCCCCGCCACGUCAGCGUAUCUCUCAUCACCGCCGAGCUCGCUCCGACACUUUCUUCUCCGGCGAAUCCAUUGACGAUCUCCUCCUUUUCGAUCCUUCCGAUGUAGAUUUCUCUUCCCUCGACUUCCUCAACGCCCCAACACCACAACCACCACCACCACCGCCACAGCCACAAACACAACCGUCUCCGAUGUCCGUCGAUUCUCCUUCCGAAGAAACCUCAUCCAACGGUGCUCUUCCCCCGAAGCCCGAGGGCCGAUUCGGCCGCCACGUCCGCAGCUUCUCAGUCGAUUCCGAGUCCGAUUUCUUCGACGAUCUAGCCGUCGCUGAGGAUAUCCAAUUCGCCGGGAAAUCCGGUGAAAGGAAAGGUCACCAUCAUAGGAGUAAUUCGAUGGACGGAGCUACAAGUUCGGGGUCGUUUAACCUCGAAUCGAUUCUCGCCGCCGUGAAUUGCAAAGACGGUGCUAAGAAGAAUAUGGGUAUGGCUAGUGAGAGACUCGCCGAGCUUGCUUUGCUUGAUCCCAAAAGAGCUAAACGGAUUCUGGCGAAUAGACAAUCUGCUGCGAGGUCAAAAGAGAGGAAGAUUAGGUACACUGGUGAGCUGGAGAGGAAAGUACAGACACUUCAGAACGAAGCUACCACACUGUCUGCUCAAGUCACUAUGUUGCAGAGAGGAACGUCAGAUCUGAACAUAGAAAACAAACACCUCAAAAUGCGUCUGCAAGCUUUAGAGCAACAAGCUGAACUUAGAGAUGCUUUGAACGAAGCGCUGCGGGAAGAACUGAACCGACUCAAAAUAGCCGCUGGAGAGAUCCCUCAGGGAAACGGAAAUUCAUACAACCGACCUCAGUUCUCAUCUCAGCAUCAGUUUGGGAACAACAACAACAAGAACCAGCAGAUGAGCACCAACGGGCAGCCACCGCAGCAGCAGCGUCCAAGCUUCAUGGAUUUCACCAAGAGAGGCUAA